CCUGCCGCGGCGAGGCGCCGGCGGGCGCCGGCGGCGCCGGGUCUCUCUGGCCGCGGCGGCGGGGAUGCUGAAGGCUUGCUCUGGGCCGGCGGAGAAAAAACGGUCUCGCUCGGGCGGCACUCCGGGCUCCAGCUGAUGCCGUGGGCCUGCCGCCGCCAUCCCGCUGCCCCGGCGCUGCUCCUCAGCCGCCCCCUCGCCAUGGUGGGAGACAGCUCGGCCACUGCCCGGCCGCUGCUGCGAGCGGGACCGCCACUGACGCUGUGCUGCACCUCGGCCAUCCUGGUGCUUGCCCUCUCCGCGCUGCCCGCCAGCCGCGCGUCCAACCCCCUGCCUGGCAACGAGUGCCAAAGCGGCGGCACCGGCAAGGGGAAAGGCAUCAACUGCUCAGAGUUAAAUGUAAGAGAGCCUGAUGUAAGGGUGUGUGAUGAAUCAUCAUGUAAAUAUGGAGGAGUGUGUAAAGAAGAGGGCGAUGGCUUGAAAUGUGCAUGUCAGUUUCAGUGUCACACAAAUUAUAUUCCUGUUUGUGGAUCAAAUGGAGACACUUACCAAAAUGAGUGCUUCCUUAGGAGAGCUUCAUGCAAGCAUCAGAAAGAGAUAACAGUGGUAUCAAGAGGACCUUGUUAUUCUGAUAAUGGCUCUGGAUCAGGAGAAGGAGAGUAUGAAGGAUCUGGGACAGAAGUUCAGAGGAAGCAUUCAAAAUGUGGAGUUUGCAAAUACAGAGCUGAGUGUGAUGAAGAUGCAGAAAAUGUUGGGUGUGUAUGUAAUAUAGAUUGCAGUGGAUACAGUUUUAAUCCUGUGUGUGCUUCUGAUGGAAGUUCCUAUAACAAUCCAUGCUUUGUUAGAGAAGCAUCAUGUCUGAGACAAGAACAGAUUGACAUAAGACAUCUUGGACACUGCUCGGAAACAGAUGACACAAAUGCAGUUGGAAAGAAAGACGAUGGAAUGCAAUAUCGGCCAGAUGUGAAAGAUGCCAGUGAUCAAAGAGAGGACAUUUACAUUGGAAACCACAUACCUUGUUCAGAAAGUUUCAAUGGCUAUUGUAUACAUGGAAAAUGCGAAUUCAUUUAUUCCACUCAGAAGGCUUCCUGCCGGUGUGAAUCAGGAUAUACUGGACAGCACUGUGAGAAGACAGACUUUAGCAUUCUUUAUGUUGUCCCAAGUAGACAAAAGCUUACGCAUGUCCUUAUUGCAGCAAUAAUUGGAGCUGUACAGAUUGCCAUUAUAGUUGCAAUUGUCAUGUGCAUAACAAGAAAAUGCCCCAAAAACAACAGAGGACGUCGGCAGAAGCAAAAUCUAGGCCAUUUUACUUCAGAUACAUCAUCUAGAAUGGUUUAACUUAGUGAUUUUUUAUACCUACAUUGACCAUGUGAUGUACAUUUUUAUUAUAUCUUUUUUUAAAGAAUGGAAAUAUUUAUUUCAGAGGCCUUAUUUUUGAACAUUUUUAGUGUAACAAUGUUGCUCUAUAUUCUGAAAGCAUCAGCUCUAACAGCUAUGGACUGUUUUAGUAACUUUACUUUUAUGUUUUUGAAUACAGUAGUUCAUUUUCUGUAUCUGUAUCACAUGGUUAUACAAUAGACGUGUGCUUUACUCGUGGAAUGUAAUAUUUUUGGGAACACAGACUUAUUUCACCAAUGGUUGUAGAUUAAAAAGCAAAACAACAAAAUGUCCACAUUACCUAGCAAACAAGGCAUGAACUAAAGGUAAAAAUGUUUACAGCUUACUUUUCUUAUGAGAAACUAGAAAACACUGUGUUUAAAUACCGUAGAUAUUUAAAUGUUUUUGGAAGUUAGUUACUGAUUUUUUUAGACACUGCCUAUCGCAUGAACUGUGAAGCUGUGUGCUGUGCGUAGUUGUAACAUAUUUAUAAAAUGUAUGGGCUGGGUCUAAGCACUACCAUCUUCAUAAAUAAUUCCAACAAUUUAUUUUUAAAGAGGAAAAUUAUAAAUUUCAUAAUUUGGGAAAUUACCUGGUAUAGCAGAUGGCACAGGUCCAAAAGCAGUAGGUCUUCGUAGCUUUAGCUAUUGUAAAAAUUGGUGUUGAAUAACUGAAUUCAAAUAAUUGGAAUAAAGCCUACUUUAUCACUGUUGAAGCUGUUUUAAUACUUCUUAAACUUUUUUAAAGAGAAUACAUGUUUUAACACCUACAAUACAGAUUAUAUAGUGUUUUACUAGUGCUCUUGUAUAUUUUCAAGAGCUAAAAAUGUCCAUCCAGAUUAGUCUGCUGGUCAUAGCUAUAUUAAUAGACUGUUAGUUGUUGUUUGAAAGAUCCAGAGAUAAAAUGUGAAUAGGAUGUGUUCAGAUGUUUAACAUGUAGUUUAGGCUUUCAAAAUUCUGCAUGUAGGAUUUAAUAACUUGUUCAAUAAAAAAUGCUUUCAACAUUUUGAACUGGAAAAGCAUGUCACAAUACAAUGUUUUCACUAUA